UAGCCGAAACUCUCCGUCUUAUUUACACUGAAGUCCCUAAGGUUCGAAACCCUAAUUCAUGCAAGGACUCCAAUUGAAGACAGUUUUGAACGAUCUUCAGAUUCGAAGGUAUUUAUGUGCAUAUGUGAUGAUACUUCAUUGUCUCAACCUUGCACGUAAGGAAUAGGCAUUAAGGUCUGGCACGGUCUUGGUUUACCUACAUAUACCCCAUGACCCCUUCUUCGAUUACGAGGGUUUCUGCUUCAUAAGAAAAACGGAAACUUCCUCCACUCGCAGAGACUAGUUAGAUCUGUCUCCGGUAAGAUUUAUAGUUAGUAAGGGGUAGCCCCUCAUUCCGAUCCAUCCCAUCCCUUUGGUGCAUUGAAACUACUGCGGCCUGUCUUCAAACCUAUUGCUCGCCCUGAAGCACACCGUUUUCCUAAAGCAUUGAAUGUAGGUCCGGGAAUGUUCACCGGAAUAAAAAAGAAUCGCCUUUGUGUUCCUUAUUCGAAUAAUAAUGGGCUUCUUUCCCGAUGAUGUGUUGGUUGAGAUACUGUGUUGAUUGCCGGAAAAGCCUCUGACUAGGUUCAAAUGUGUAUGCAAAUCAUGGGAUUAUCUAAUCUCUGUGUUUUGCUUGCCCAGAGUGUCUCUUCCUCUCUGUGGCCUUUUCUUCCGUAGUUAUGCUCUCCCACCUCAUAUGCCCCUUAUAACCACAGACGCCAGUCGCCCAGUACGGGAUGCAUUUUUAAAGCAUUUGGGGCGCUUUGACAACGAAGAGCUCAUUGACUAUGUUUCUGUAGAAGACAACAGUGGCAUUGAUGGUGGUGGUGGAGGAGGAUUUGUUGAUUCUGAAUAUUUGGCCAACUUAUCGUUCCAAAAGACUAAUGCAAAUGACUUUCUUGAUAGUUGCAAUGGCUUGUUUUUGUUCUUCAAUUCCUUUGAUUUACGGUACUAUGUGUGCAACCCUGUGAUGAAGCAAUAUGUGCCGAUUCCCAAAGCCCGCCGCCACCAGCAGCGUCAUUGCUAUGCAGCAUUGGCUUUUAACCCCUCUGAGUCCCUUUGCUACAGAGUUGUACGCAUUGCAAGAUGCAAAAUGAAAAAUAAGCUUGUGUUGGACGUAUACUGUUCUAAUACUGAACAAUGGGUUAGACACCGGGUACAAAUUGAUUCCUGCAUUAAUGGGCGCUCCUGGGUAAGGCAUGCUGUUUACUUUCACGGUGCACUGUACCAGUUAUCUUUGUCUAAGCACCUUUUGAGGUUUGAUCUCAAUGAAGUCGGUGUUCAUGCCGUUGAGCUCCCAUUGACAGAAAGUGCAAAUCGAAAUCUAAUUGGAUGUAUUGGGGUGUUGAUGGGCCGGCUAUGUUAUGCGAGGAAAACCCCCACCAUGUUGUUCAUUUGGUCACUUGAAGGAGACUGUAAGGCCAUGGAAUGGGCUUUGAAGUAUAGGAUCGACAUGGCUAGUUUAAUAAAUGAUUUGGUGCUUUCUAAAGGGCUUUCUCGUUCUCAGUUUUUGUGGUUUCAACCCUUUGCUUUUCAUCCGACUUCUGAUGUUAUCUUCUUGAGCAUUCCGCUUAGGAUCCUGAGUUAUGAUCUUAAAAGGCAAACGUUGGAAGAGGUGUGCAAACCAAGGGAUGGUGUAAUAGUAACAGGGCGAUAUUAUCCAGGCUUUACUUGUUUUCGUCUCCUGGUCUCCCUAAACCAUUUGGGCAAGAUCCAGUGUAGAUCAACUCAGCUAACAUCUGUUUCGCAAGACAUGAAUGUUUUGAGUUUGGAAAUGCCACCUAAUGAAAUACCCAAUGAAGGUGCAUGACAAAUGGAACCCCACAUGGUAGGAUGAUUGUCCUAUGAAUUUGGGGUAUGGGAUUUAUGUUAUUUUUCCAUAAAAGAUGAAACAUUGUACCUGAAUGGGUUUCAAAAUACAAGUUGUGGCUUUUCAUGUUCUCUCUUUGUUAGUGAGCAAUUUACUGAAUUUGCUUCUGAAUGUUGACAUAACGUGUGGAAGAAUGCAAGUGCUCUUUAAUUCAUAGCAUUAGAUGGUAGCUCUUUUUUUUUUUUUUUUUUUGGGAUAAGUGGAUGGUAGCUCUUUAAUUCAUAGGAUUAGAUAAUUAUGUCUGGAGUAUUAUAAUUAUUUUUGUUAUUUUAUUUUAUUUUAUUAUUAAUUUUGAAUUGAUGUUCAAGCCUAGCAAGGCCAACAGAAUACAAAGGAAAUAAAAUAAGCAACACUACAGCCACUGAAAAGAUCAUGAUCCUAUUAUGGACAUCCAGAGGAGUGAAAAGGCAGGAGAUAGAAGCUCAACAUACAGAAGUUAGUUUAUUCAGAAAGUCACUUGUAUAUGAACAAACCAAGCUGAAAUAUAGCAAUUCAAUGAUGAUUAGUAGUGUGUAUUGCAUUCAGCUUGAUUAUUACGUUUUCUUUUAAGUCUAAGGGCAAAUUUAUCCCAGUGUUAAAUAAUUUUAUUUAAAGAAGUUAUUUUUCAAAUAUGAAUGAAAUUGGCCACAUAAAUUCUUUCUUCAA